AUGAGAAAGAAAAAUCAAAGGAUUGAUUUGGAAUUUGAAAAACCUCAAGUGAAGUUUAUUGAGUAAUUCAGGAUGAGAGUGAAUGGUGGAAGCAACAUAGAUGCUUCGAAUUAUAAGAUAGAAGAUAAAGUUUAAAAGAAAGUUAGAAAUAAUGAUGAUGAUCCACUUAUUGUGUAAUAGAGUGAUGAUGAGGAUAACUAUGAUGUUGAAAAUGCUUAGGUUAUCGAUGGAAAUGGAAAUGAUGGCAAUCUAGAAUUCAAUAUGACCAAAUUCAAGCCUGAAUAUGUGGGAUCCAAGAAAUAAAAGAAAAUUGAUCAAAAAGAAAAAAACAUUAAGUCUGUUAUAGGAAAGUAAGAAGAAGAGGAUGGAAGAGAGAAGAAAGAGGAAGAAUUAAAAAAUAAAUUUGCUAAAUUAUCAUAAACAUAGAAACCUACUUUAGCAAAGAAGUCAAAAAUAGAUGAAAUUGUAAAGAAGACCAAUAAACCAACAAUACUCUCUUUUGAUCAGGAUGAUUAUUGA